UUUAUAUCCAAUAGACGGGCAUUUUGUUGGUCCAGUGUCGCAGCCUCGAGGUUUAAGCGGGUGUUCAUUGUCCGGGAGCGUGUGAGAAACUUACAUCGGAAACAUGAGGGGAGAACGAGGCCGCGGACGAGGACGUUUUGGAUCCAGAGUGGGACCUGGCACUGGGUUCAGGCCGUUCGUCCCACACAUUCCAUUCGAUUUCCAUGUGUGUGAAAUGGCGUUCCCCCGUGUCAAGCCCGCCCCGGAUGAUGCCCCCUUCAGUGAAUCCCUGCUUAAAAGAAACACAGACCUCGCACCAACACCUGCAGAGCAGGCCUCCAUCCUUUCACUGGUAACAAAAAUCAACAACGUGGUCGAUAAUUUGAUUGUGGCCCCAGGAAACUUCGAAGUGCAAAUUGAAGAAGUGCGACAGGCCGGCUCAUACAAGAAAGGAACAAUGACCGCCGGGCACAAUGUGGCCGAUCUGGUCGUCAUCCUGAAGAUCCUCCCCACAUUGGAAGCUGUCGCCGCCCUUGGACUGAAAGUGGUUGAAACUCUCAGAACACAGGAUCCCUCUGAAGUACUUUCCAUGCUCACAAAUGAAGCCGGCUUUGAGAUCAGCUCUGCUGAUGCCACCGUGAAAAUCCUGAUUACCACCAUCCCCCCAAACCUGAGGAAGUUGGACCCCGAGCUGCACUUGGACAUCAAGGUUCUGCAGAGCGCCCUGGCAGCCGUCCGACACGCUCGCUGGUUUGAAGAGAACGCCUCCCAGUCUACCGUGAAGGUUCUGAUCCGAUUACUGAAAGAUUUGCGGUCACGAUUCGCAGGCUUUGAACCCCUCACCCCCUGGAUUCUGGACCUCUUGGCUCAUUAUGCCGUCAUGAACAACCCUGCCCGUCAGCCCCUGGCUCUUAAUAUUGCAUACAGGCGGUGCCUCCAGAUCCUGGCUGCCGGCCUAUUCCUCCCCGGCUCUGUAGGGAUCACCGAUCCUUGUGAGAGUGGAAACUUCAGAGUUCACACAGUGAUGACCCUUGAACAGCAGGACAUGGUAUGUUACACCGCUCAGACAUUGGUCCGUAUCCUGUCUCAUGGAGGAUUCCGCAAGAUUCUUGGCCUGGAGGGUGAUGCAGGUGCUCUGGCCACAGAAAUGUCCACCUGGGACGGUGUUAUUGUGACUCCAUCAGAGAAGGCCUAUGAGAGACCCCCAGAGAAGAAAGAAGGCGAGGAGGAGGAGACCCCUGAGAUCCCCGAGGGAGCAGAGGAGGAAGAGAACAUGGAGACACAGGAGUGAUAUAAAGAGAUUAUGGUCCCUCCAGAGACAGAAGAAUAAGGUCUAUUCCUGGACCAAGGUUCCCCCUCCCCCCGCCAUGUUCUGUGUUGUGCCCUCCCCCCACCACUCGUGUUGUGAAUUAUUUUAUACUGUAGACAUUUUUUGUUUUGUUGCAGAUGACAAUAAAUUUUUAUUUCCACCGUUCUUAACA